AGUAUUCUUUCCAUGGAUGCAGAGAGUGGAGUAGCAAAAACAACUCAUUAGCUUUCCUUGUUUACUCGCUAACCUAUCGUCGACGAUCUUGGAGAAUGGUGACCAGGUUUUCCAGAAGGGCGAGAUUGUGCGAUUCGCGAGCUUCCACGGGCGGUAUCUUGCUGUUUCGGUGGAGAAGUUAAUUUCCGCGCGAAGCGACGUGUCGCGCUCUGGCCAUGUGGGAGACAAGUGUAAGUACAAUUCAUGCAAUAACUUGAUUAGUGAGCAAGCAAAUGCUAUUUAAGUUCAAGGUACCCCUUCAGAUGCCAAGGUGGUGAUAUGCUUAGGACUUCUAGGAAACUGGGUUUUUCCUCAACUCAUACAGCAACAUAACUAUAUACUCUGAAACUCCUAUUUCCCAUUUUCGUCGGCGAAAACAAUUCCUCGCACGGCACACGGGCCUGAAAAUCCAUGUUGUCUCUUUAUGCAUCCUCCUUUUGCCUUCUUUUCCCCUGCUCCUACUUUUGAGUCAGCAGCAACAAAGAAAAAAUAAUUAUGUGGACAGAGAAGGCAGAGCCCUCGAGAGCCGUAUAUAAACCGACAUCCGCGGCCGAGGAGGAGUUGUGAUCCACCUCCAACCUCAAAUUCCUCUGUGAUCACUUGCUUGGAUGUGCUGUGUCAGUUACAGCGACCCGUCUCCUCCUCUUCCCGCCGAGGAGAAGAGUAAAGAGGAGGAGCAGCGGUGCGGUGCGGCCAUGGAGGUGGAUGCAGAGGCCUCCUACAGCUAUGGCUUCCUCCCUCCAGACAGGCACCAGCCCUAUUAUGCCCCACCUCCUCCUCCACCAGAUGGUGAGCUGUGGGAGUACUUCCCUUGCCCGUUCUGCUACAUCGAGGUCGAAAUGCCCUUCAUCUGCAGCCAUCUGCAGGAGGAACACUGCUUUGACACCAGAAAUGCUGUUUGCCCGAUAUGCGCUGAGAAUCUAGGCAAGGACAUGUCUGCGCAUUUCAGAUUUCAGCACUCCCAUCUUCUCAAGAGGAGGAAGCCUUCGAGGCCCAGCAGCUCACCAUGGCCAGCAGCGGCAGCACCACCUGCAUAUGAUGUGAACCCCUACAUGAUGAGCAGCAGGCCAUGCCAGGACCCUGAGCCUGACCCACUGCUCUCCCAGUUCAUCUGCCGCGGCAGCGACAACCAAACCGAAACCGAGCCAGGAUCGCGCGACGGAGGAAGCCACCGCCACCGCCCGAGCAGCGCUCAUCCGACGGCGGGUGUCCAGAGGCCUGUGAGCCGGCUGGAGCUGGAGGAGAGGCUGCAGAGGAUAGAGUUCCUCAGCGGGAUCAUCACAUCAACCAUUCUUUAGUUAAUUAUAAGCUCUAAUUGUGUUGAUGUCUAGGGUUUCUUGAGCAGUUUUAAGCCUGUGUUUUAUGGUCCAGAUGUACUAUAUAUAACCUUGGCUAUCUAUAACUAUCAAUACAACAACAUUUGCAUA